AUGCCCGUAGAAACACGCGCUCAGCAGACGAUACACGGCUCCAUUUUUGAGGUGUCAGCAGCGACUGGGUACAGCCGGGUUGCCGCGGCUGAGGGAAGUGAGGACACCGCCAGUGCGAGCAGCGGGGCAGUGGUGAACAGGCCGGAGAGGGCGAGCCAAUCGGUGUUCUGGGGGGAAGACGAGGACUGGGCAGAGAUGGCCGCGGUCGGCGAAGGGAAGCAACGGUUCUCGGGAAGGAGGAACGAGGGGCUCACGUUAGAGCAGUUCGAGCUCCAGGUCGAGGGGAGCAUCCUAGACCGGUUCACAAAAUUGCAGAAGGAUUUGGGCAGGCCGGUCGAGGGGGCCGAGUUCAAGAAGCGCUUCUGUGUGCAUCUGGGAGAGCACAUGGACAACCCCGCGAAGGAGGCGCACCUGCGCACGUACAAGGAGUGCCAAACCAAGGAGGACCCGGUGAAGCACUUGCUGGCGAGCCUCAGGCGCCACUUCGGUGAGAGAAACGAAGGAAAGGCGCAAGAGUGGGUCAACUUCAGGCGGGAGGCGGGAGAGGAACUGCCGAAACUGUUGUUCAGGCUGCAGGGGUUGGCAGGGGACCUCAAGAAGCCACUCACCGACCCCGAGCUCGUCACCAAGUUUGUGGCUGCGCUGGACAAGAGGCUGGGGGAUGCGGUCAACACGCAGGCGUUGGCGGCAGUCACAAGCGGGGACGGCGGGUACACGCUUGACAACGCCUAUGAUGCGGCCGUUCGGGUGAGUGAGAUGGCGUCUAGGCUGAGAAUCGCCAGGGAGAUGACCCCCAGGCUAGCCGAGGUGGUCCGGCCAAGGUGGGGCGGACGCGCGCCAGCGGCGCACGCAGCCGUUCCUGAGGCAUAUCCAGCGGCUGCGGCGACAGCAGUGGCAGCCGGUUCAGCGGGGUCGGGGGCGUGCCACACAUGCGGGGAGGUGGGGCACUACCGGAACACAUGCCCGCAGAGAAACGGGGGGGCCUCGGGUCGGGGUGGCCCUGGGAGAGGGGCCGGGAGGUCUGGUCUGGGUCGGGGUGCAGGACGGCCGCGGAUCUGCUUCGUGUGCGGAGACCCCGCGCACCUGUCGUUGCAGUGCCCGCAGAGACACGUGGCACCGGCAGCUGUGGCGGUCCCGGCCGGGAGCAGGGGAGGUGCAGAGUUGGCGGCAGCGGGACUGAACGUGGAGGAGGUUGAGGAAUUUCUGGCGUGGAAGGCGGCGUCUCAGGCGGCAGCCGCGCUGAGCUUGGAGGAUGACGACGCUGCCAGCUGGGAUGGGGAGGAGUACGAGCUGGGGGCGGCGGCCCUGAGGGCGGAAGGAGACGAGGGCUGGCGCCCCACCUUGCUGUGGGAGCUUGGGGCCGUGGCAACCCGCGCGGCGGCAGGCGCGCGGGCGGGCGGCGAGGCGACACAAGCGCUCAGACCGCAGCCUAAGGCCAGGAAGCAGGCGCGCGCGAGUACGCGCCCGCGGCACGUGGUCGGGCCGGCCAUCGGUCAACCUGUGGGCACAGCAGCGCUGGAGCGCAAGGCGCCCGCCGAGGCCCUUCGACACCUGCGUGCUCGCAAGGACAAGGCUGCGCUCAAAGAGCGCAUGGCAAAGCUGCCGGACCAGGGACGGGAGGCGGAGGCACAGCGGGGGAGGCCCAGCGGAGCGGCCAAGUCUCCUGGCGGGGCAUCCAAGACGGCUGCACCGGAUGAGGCGACCGCGCCACGCGCAGAGGAGGUGAGGACGGGAGAAGCGGCGGUCCUGCUCGGUCAGGUCACCAUCGACGUCGGCGUGUUUUUAGGAAUGGCUGAGCGCGCGGGGCUGACGCUGCAGCAGGUGGUGGCUAUGACGGGGGGCGGAACCAGCGUGCCCACACCGCGAGUGGACCCCAGGGAAGUCAUGCGUAGAGUGACGGCCACAACCGGGGAGUCGGGGAGCCCGACAUUGGUACCCGGGAGACAGGUGGUGACUAAGGAGACGAGGGGGUCGGGGGUGCCAACAGAAUCGCCUGGAGAGACGGUUGAGUCGGGUGAGCCUGCGGUGGGGACCGGUAAGACAGGUGACACGUGUCCGGGUGAGGAGCGGCUGCCUCGGGGAGACGGACCGGUACGGAUAGGCAGUCCGGUGAGCCCCGGGAACAGCACGGACCCGGAAAGCUCCCAAAUGGCGCAGGAAAGGGCUGAUCGGCUGGCUCGGGGGCAGUGGCAGCCAGUGCCGGAGGAGUCGGACCAGCAGAUGGCGCUGGAGCUGCUUGUCGAGGAGGCGCGCGUGGCAGGCGUCGACUCCGCGGCAGCUCUGCGGGCACAAGAAGGGCCGGUCAAGGGGGCUGUGCUGCCACGCCGGUGGGAGACGGUCGGAAGAAGGGACAAGGGAAAAACGAAAUGGGGGGAAGCCGAUGCGGCACAGGGCGCUGGACAGGCUGGCGCAGCGGUGAGUGACUGGGCGGCGACCCACACGCUUGCAGCCUUUGCGGAGGCACUGCCCAAGGUCCCGCCUACAGAGCGCAGCCGGUGGGUGGGCACCCCAGACUGGGUGGACAACCGAGACGGGGUGGUCAAGGUAAUGACGGUGGCCGGGCUCAAAGCGCCGCUGCGGGUGUUGAUCGACGGUGGCAGUUUUUACUCCAUGGCGGGGGCGCGGCUGGCGGCGCAACUUGGGCUGCCGGUUGACAGCGGGGGCGCGUCGUGCAAAGUCCAGACAGCCCUUGGGAAAGUUGAGCCGCUGGGUAAGGGGCUCACCCGGGACCCGGUGCCGAUCGUUCUGAAUGUCGGCACCCCCGCGGAACUGACGCUAUACGAACCACUGGCGGUCACCCAAUCAACCGGCUACGACUUGCUGAUUGGGACGCGAGCAGCAUUCCCGAUCGGGCUCAGCGUCGACCGGUGGGCAGAACGGGGCACCUACCGGGUGGACUGGCGGUCGCAGGGGGAACACGUGGCGAGCAUCCCCAUGCGGCUGCGGCAAGCCGUCAGCGCGCGCACCCCGCGGGGCCCGGCGAGUGGCAAACCCGUCAGCACGGCCGGAGUUGCGCUCGCCUGCAGCGCGACGCAGGAGCCGGACGGGCCAGGGGCGGCGGGGAGUGCGCCAGCGCGCGCGCCCAGGGAGCCGGACGGGCUAGGGGUAGCCGGCGGAGCGGGGCGUGCGCAAGAGCGCGUGCCCAGAACAGCGGACGGCGGAGGGGCAGCCGGCACAGGGGACGGUGCAGGGGCAACCGGGGCAGCCGGGCAAAUUCGACCAGGGCAAAAUGGGAUUGGGAGACCGGUGGGGCAGAGCCAACCGGCCAAGGAAAAGGGGACGGGAGGGCCCGCAGCGGAGAAGUGUCGGGGAUGGUUGGUUGGGAGCCAGCUGACGUUGGAGGAGCAGGGGUAUGCGGCGUCAGUGGCAGAGGCGAACCGGGACGUGUUUGCAAACAGUCUGGAGGAGAUCGGGGAGUUCAAAUUGUUCGAGGUAGAGCUGACGUUAAAGUCGGACAAGCCCAUUUUCGAGCGGCGAAGAAAGCACAGCGUCAAGGAGUGGGAGCUUAUAGACCAGCGGUGCGCGGAGCUAGAGGCGGCGGGGAUCAUCGAGGAGACGGACAGUGAUUUCGCUGCGAACUCGGUGCUAGCUGCAAAGAAAGAUCCGGAGGGGAAUUGGAAGCUAGAUCGGUUCUGCACAGAUCUGCGCAGGGUUAACUUGGAGACGGCGCAGGAUCGCUACCCGAUGCCACUGCCGGAAGAGGUGCUGGAAGCGUUGGGGCAUGCGAAGUUCUACUCGACAAUCGACAUUAGGGGGGCGUUUCAUCAGUUGGUGGUGAAGAAGGAGGACAGGCGAAAGCUGGCGUUCUGGGGGUCCACCAAGCUGUACUGCUGGAAGCGGUGUCCGUUCGGGGCGCGCAACCCCAGCGCGUGGUUCCAGCGGGCGAUCGACAGGACGUUGCGGGGGUUGGAGGCGUUUUGGGAGCUUCAUCGACGACGUGCUGGUGGCUGGAGGGGAGACGCUGGAGGAGCAUAUGGCGCUGGUGCAGCGGGUCUUGGAUCGGCUGAGGGAGGCAAGGUGUCGCCAGUUGUGGCCAAGGUGGCGGCGAUUGAGGCUCUGCCAAGGCCCACAGACGUCACGUCCGUCAAGGCGUUUAACGGGGUGGUGAACUACUACCGGAGGUUCAUUCCGGAGUGCAGCAGGGUGCAGGGGCCGCUCAACGACCUGACGAAGAAGGAGGUGCAGUGGCGCUGGGGCGAAGAGCAGGAGGGGGCGUUCCUGGCGCUCAAGAAGGCGCUGCAGAACGAGCCCGUGUUGGCCCUGCCGGUGCGGGGGCGCAAGUUCAAGGUGCGUUGCGACUGGAGCAAGAAAGGGGUAGGCGGGGUCCUGCUGCAGGCUGAUGAGCAGGGGGUGGACAGGGUGAUUGCGUAUGGUAGCCGCAGCUGCAACCCGGCGGAGUCGCGGUACAGCAGCUUCGAGGGGGAGCUACUCGCGGCGGUCUACUUCGUGCGGCUGUGGCGGAACUACCUGUACGGGGAGCAGUUCACGCUGGAGAGCGACCACAGGCCGCUCAAGUGGAUUCUCACCAACACGAAGCUCACCGGCAAGCUCGCUCGCUGGGCCAUGAUGCUGAGUGAGUUCGACAUGGAAGUCGACCACACCCCCGGGGAGGAGAACGAGAUGGACUGCCUCAGCCGCUACCCCCAGCAGUCGGACGAGGACACAGCGGGGGUCCGGCAAGAGGGGGAUUUAGGGGAGGUGCUGGCGCCCUGCUGGUCGGCAGCUGCUGCGCUGGCGUGGGCCCCGACAGACUCUCCCGGGCAGGACGGAAGUCGGCGAGUGGUGGCGCGGCCCGCAGUGGACGUCUGGGAGGACGCAGCUGUCUUGUCGCUGCUGCGGACAGGACGCGUUUCAGCGGAGGCGACAGUUUGGGCCGCAGCUGGCGGCGCGCCAGGAGCGCGCGCGCAAGCGCCAGGUGGCGCCCCAGCUAGGGACGCGCCAGGUGGCGUCGCAGCCGUUCGCGCGCCAGGAGCGCGCGCGCUGGCGCCAGGUGGCGACGCAGGUGGCGGCGCGCCAAGAGUGCGCGCGCAAGCGCCAGACGGCGCCGCAGCUGGGGGCGUGCCAGGCGGCGUCGCAGCUGGUGGUGCGCCAGGAGCUUGCGCGCCAGCGCCAGGUGGCGCUGCAACUCGGGCCGUACCAGGACUGCGCGCGCCAGCGCCAGGUGGCGCCGCAGCUGGAGGCGCGCCAGGAGCGCGCCAGCUGGCGCCAGGUGUCAUAGCAGCGGGGCGCGCGCAGGCGGGAUGUUCCCCGGGGGAGCGGGAUCGGGUGCAGCACCGGGCGCGCAGCUUCGAGUGGCGGCGAGAUCACCUCGUGCACAGGGGAGCAAACGGGGAAGUGCGGGUAGUCCCGCGGCCGGCGGAGAGGGAGGCGCUGAUUCGGGACGUGCACGAGAAAUGCGGGCACUUUGGGGUCAAGAAGACAGGGUCCCUGCUCAGCCCUCACUACUGGUGGGUGGGGCUGGCGGCGGACGUUCAGCGGGUGGUGCGCCGGUGCGAGGCGUGCGAUCGGGUGAGGGCGGCCUUCAACGCGGUUAAUCCUGUGUUGCAGCCCCUCCCGAUCAAGGGCCUGUUUUAUCGUUGGGGGCUAGACUUUGCAGGCCCGUUGCCCAAGUCAAGCCGGGGGAACCAAUUCGUGCUUGUCAUGGUUGAGCACUUCAGCAAGCACGUGGUAUUCGUGCCCACAGCUGACAAAGAAGCGCAGACGGUGGCGGAGGCGUUCACCCGGGAAGUGCUGACAACGUUUGGGGCAUGCGCUGAAAUAGUGACGGACCGGGGGGGAGAGUUCGGGGGUGUCUUCCAGGAGCUGCUCGACCGGUCUCACAUAGACCACCGGUCGACCUCGUCUCACCACCCGCAGGCAAACGGGCUCAGCGAGCGCAUAGUUGGGGUGGUCAAAGGGGCGUUGCGCAAGUGGUGCCUUGGGCACGCAGCGGAGCAAUGGGACGUGUACCUGCCCUGGGUCGCAAUGGGGUACAGGUUCAGCGCGCAGGCGUCUCUCGGGGGGUUCUCCCCGUACAUGCUGCUCUUCGGACGGGAACCGGUGUUGCCAGGGACAGUGUGCGCAGCGCUGGAGGAGCCCCUGGAUCUCGAUCGGCCCGACAGGUUGCGGGCGCUGGUGGCAGAGCGUGCCGCGCUGUUCCGGAAGUGGGUUCCCAUGGCCAUGGGAAACCUGCAGAUCGCGCAGCACCGCGACACGCUGCGGUACGCCAAGACCCGCAGUGGCGCAUGGAAGCCCCAAAUCCUCAGGUACGCGGUUGGUGACUA